AUGGACAAUGAAGAAAGUUCUUUGACUUGUUCGACGCCGCAAGCCAAACCAACCGGCAGUAUAUGUAAAAUAUGUGAAUCACCAGCUAGUCAUUCGUAUUUUGGUGCUAUCGCAUGUUCGGCUUGUAAGAUGUUUUUCCGGCGUAAUGCAGAAAAGGAUUUGGAACAAUUUAAAUGCGCGUACGACGGUAAAUGCGAAGUGAACUUAAAAAAUCGACAUGUGUGUUCGGCUUGUCGACUAGCGAAAUGUUUUGCCAGUGGAAUGGAAGUCGAACGGAUUCGCUGUUCCAUGCCAAUGAAGAAAAUAAUCAAAACACAGCAUAGAACAACAACUGAUCCGCCAUCAUCAGUAACAAACCUUUUGUCAGAUUAUUCGACGUUAUCAAGUAGUCAAUGGAAUCAUAUUUCAAAACUAAUCUUUUAUCACGAUACCUACGGUCCGCUAUCAGUCGUUCAACAUUUUUUCUCCGAGCAAGUUGCUCUUCCAGCUAAACUUCGAUAUAAAGCCUUGGCUUUGAACGAUUUCUUCACUUCAGUCUAUCUGAAAGCUGAGCAAGUGUUGAUCAAUAACGAAGACUAUCGUAGAUUAUCUUCUCAAGAUCAAUCAACAUUAAUCCACCAAACAUUACGACAUGCUGGAGCGUUCGCCGGGAUCUUUGUUUCACAUCAAACGAAAUUACUCGACGAUACAUUAUUCUACAAAGCCAAUGAAAGUCUUUUCGGAUCGAGCACAAUGACAAGCUUGAAGUUCAUCACGAAUAGUCUUGACGAUGAUGUUGUAUUUAUUAAACUAAUCGUCGCGAUUUUGUUUUUCUCUCCUGCCAAUUACACAAGUUUUACCGAUCGUAUUGCUCAAAGUUUCAUUGAUCCUCAAAUGAUAUUGAGUAUUCAAAAUACUUACAUCGAAUUGGCCUGGAAAUACAUGACGUAUAAACAUAGUUUUCAAUAUGCUGUCUUAUGUUUUGCUGAACUAUUACGAUCUCUCUUUCACUAUUACCGUAUUGCUGUUCAAGCCGAUAUCGUAGAUACAUUCACAACCAUGAUUCAUUCAGUAAUUAAUCAAACGAAAGAAAUUGUUCUUGUUUCUGAUAAUUAA